UCCAGACCACGUCGGCAUGCGAGACGCUCGUAGCAAUCCGCCGCUUGCGGCUAUCCCGCUGCUGUUAGCACUGGCGGCUGCAACCAGCGCGCAAUCAGAGAGAUGGCUCUUGUGCAAGCACAAAUCGAGCCACGAUUGCACUACAUGGCAGAUCACCGACGACCUAGUAGAGAAUUCCAUGGACCUACCAGGAGGUAUACGGACGGGCCAUGUAUGUGGUUUCACGUACACUAAUCCGAGGAAGGAACACCGCAAGUUUAUUAACAUUGAAUCAAUUGACUACAGCACUUUCAAAUCCUUUUAUUGCAAGCGGAUACACGAAGUCUACAACUCCUACGAUUUGUCCCAGGCUCAAGAACGAAUAAUAAGAUCUUCGAGAUUUCGAAGACAAUCGACGUUUGUUCCCCGGGGGAGGUACCGGGGACAAACCCAGUCUCAAUAUUUGUCAAUUGACAAAGGAAAUGGGAAGGAUGAGGGCAAGGCUGAAGCACAUUCCGCUGCUGAUUCAUCCAGAGCUAGCGUCAGUGGUAACAGCGGCAUGGGACAGGCCCAAAGUCAAUCUAUCUAUGAUCCUAGCUGUGACGGUUGUUAUGGAAAAACAGACGUUGCGGAAAGUUUAAGAAAACCUCAGGGUCCUGAUGGUUCAAACGGAUAUGGACCUGGCUGGAGGGGGACCGGUGGAUAUGGAGGGUAUCCUGGAACAGCAUACGGACCUGGACAAGUCGGACCAGGUUCUCCUUAUGGCCCUGGACAAACUGGUACAACACCAGGUGGCACAGGAAGAGAACCUUACGGUACAUAUGGACCGGACGGCAGAUUCAUACCUGGGGGCGGACCUAGUGGAACUAAUGGUCAGCGCGGGCCUGGUGGUAAUGGAUACGGCACAGCUCCUGGUACUACUGGAGGUUAUAAUCCAAGAGGAAUUGCAGGUGGAAUAGUGCCUAACGUGCCAGGUUUUGAUGGCAGAAACGGACAACCAGGGAGCACAGGACCACAGGGCAAUGGUUAUGGAAAAGAUGGAAAAGGAACGUUACCCGGUUAUCCAAUAGGAGUCGGAACAAAUGGGAUUUCUAGAGCAGGUAGUCCAUAUGAUGGUAGUUCCGUUCCUGGUCGCGGAAAUAAUGGUUAUGGUCCUGGACAGCAGGGAUAUAGACCUGGUCAAGGUGCACCAAACAGUGGCGAUGGACAAAGACCUGGACAUUCUGUUAAUGGUGGAUAUGGACCAACAGAUGGGCAAACUGGAGGCUAUGUUCCGGGAAAAGAAUCAAGCACAUAUCCCGGUAAUGAUGGACGUUAUGGUCAAGCUCCAGGUACUCAUGGUGGCUAUGGUCCGAUACAAAAUGGUGGGUAUGGUCCAGGACAUGAUGGUAACCGUAAUUAUAUUCCUGGACAAACUGGUGGAUCAGUUAACGGCGGUAAUAUUCCAACGACAUCUGAUGUUGGCCCACAUGGAGGUUACCAACCGAGUCAAACUGGUACUUUGUAUCCGGGCGAUGUUGGACCAAACGGAAGAUAUAGUCCAACCCAAGCAUCUGGAAAUGGACCCGGACAAGGCGGGGCAAUUCCUCCUGGGCAAUUAACUGCUCCAGGCAGUGGAACAUAUGAUAAUACACCUGGCGGAGUAGGUCGAAGUCCUGAUCAAAGUGUAUCGGGCAUUUUACCAGGUACGUCGAAAUACGGUCAAGUUGGAAUUCCAGGUGGUCCCACGUAUGAUGUUAGACAUAACUUAGGAGUUGUGCCCAAUCUAGGUCAUUCAAAUGGGCCUGUAGCGUCAGGUACAUAUACUGCACCCGACGGUACUAACUAUAUAUGUUGUGUGGUUCCAGGUCAAACUGCACCAGGAGGCCAUUCCGUAGUGAGCCCCAACGGACAAUACAGUCCAGGAACGCAAUAUGGUACAGGACAAUAUGGGCCUAGUGAUCGCACUAGCGCAGAGCCUAGUAAUCUUUACGGACCUGUCAGUCAGACAGGUGCUGGAACUGGCAAAUAUUAUGGGCCCAACGUACAAGCUACUACGAGACCUGGAGGGCAAAUCGAUUCAGGACCCGGUAUUCAAUAUGGAUCUGGUAGACAAUACGGACCUGGUGGACAAUACGGUCCCGGUGGAAAAUAUGGUCCUGAUGGACAAGUCGGUGUGGGUUCUGGAGGACAAGCAAUUACUGGACCUGGUGGACAAACUGGAAUAGGACCUGGUGGACACCUUGGACCUGGUGGGCAAUAUAGUCCUGAUGGAAGUGCUGGUACUGGACCUGGAGGACAAAUAAUUGCUGGACCUGGCGGACAAACUGUAAUAGGACCUGGUGAGCAAUACGGUCCUGGUGGAGGAGCUGGUACUGGACCUGGUGGAGAGGCUGGAACUGGACCUGGAGGACAAGCAUUUGCUGGACCUGGCGGACAAACUGGAAUAAGACCUGGUGGACAACAUGGACCUGGUGGGCAAUACGGUCCCGGUGGACAUGCUGGUGUGGGACCUGGUGGACAAACUGGAAUAGGACCUGGUGGACAACUUGGACCUGGUGGGCAAUACGGUCCUGGAGGAAAAUAUGGUCCUGGCGGUCAAGCUGGUGCUGGACCUGGAGGACAAGCAAUUGCGGGACCUGGCGGACAACCUGGAAUAGGACCAGGUGGACAACUUGGACCUGCUGAGCAAUAUGGUCCUGGUGGUAAAUAUAGUCCUGGUGGACAAGCUGGUGCGGAACCUGGAGGACAUUAUGGACCUGGUGGACAAUAUGGGCCAGAUGGACAAUAUAGGCCUGGUACACAAACGGGUAUUGGACCUGGUAGUCAAUCUGGUACUGGACCUGGUGGACAAUAUGGAAAAUAUGGACCUAGUGGACAUUAUGGACCAGAUGGAAAAUAUGGACCUAGUGGACAUUAUGGAAUUAAUGGACAAUAUGGCCCUGCUGGAAAAACUGGUGUAGGACCUGGUGUUCAAACUGGUACAGGACCCAGUGGGCAAAUCGGUGUAAAACCUGGUGAACAAUAUGGACCUAGUGGGCAGUAUAGUCCUGGUGGACAAACCGGAACAGGAACCGGUGCACAAUACGGUCCUGGCGGACAAGCAAGUAUUGCACCUGGAGCUCAAUACGUACCUGGUGGGCAAUAUGGCCCUGGUGGAAAUGCGGGAACCGGACCUGGGGGACAAGCUGGUGGAGGUCCUGCUGGACAAGGUGGAUCCGGUCCUGGAGGGCAAUAUGGUACUGGUGGACAAUACGGACCAGAUGGACAAUAUAGACCUAGUACACAAGCGGGUGCAGGACCUAGUGGACAAGUGGGCACUGCACCUGGUGGGCAAGCAGGUGUAGGUCCUUCUGGACCUGGAGGUCAAUAUGGACCUGGCGGACAAUAUGGUCCUGGAGGACAAGGAAGUGUUGGUCCUGUUGGAAAAGGGGAAACCGGACCUGCAAGUCAAUAUGGACCUGGUGGUCAAAUGGGCCUAGUUUCUGGUGGACAAGUAGGUCCUACAGGACAAGGGGGAGUCGAGCCUGGGGGUCAAUAUGGGAAUGGUGCGCAAUAUGGACCAGGUGGACAAUAUGGUCCGGCUGGACAAGCAGGUUCCGGACCUGGUGCACAAGAAGGUUCUCGUCCUAGCAGUCAAUUUGGACCUGGCGGGCAGUACGGACCUAGUGGACAAUAUGGACCUGUAAGAGAGUACGGUCUUGGUGGGCAAACAGGCACACGACCUGGUAAUCAAUAUGGGCCUGGGGGACAAACUGGUAUAGGACCUGGUGGGCAAAUUGAAGCUGGACCUGGAGGGCAUGGCAGUGUUGGACAUGGAGGAAACACUGGUGUAGCACCUGGUGGUCGAUACGGACCUACAGGAACCGGGAAUCAAUAUGCUCAAGAAACCGGUGCAGGUGGACCAGGGACACAAUAUGCCCCGGGUGAACCAUACGGUGGUGGAGAUGGAGGCAGGGGGCAAUAUGGGGUAAGUGAACCCGGCAACGGCUUUAAUGGAGUACCACAAAAUUACAUCGAUCCCAAUUCCAUUGCUGAUGGUGAUGAUUCAGAAGCUCAAGCGAUAGUCAAUCAAGCUGUUAAUGGCACAACAGCUAGUGCGUCAUCCAAAGGCGGCAAUGACAAAGGCAGAGCUCAAACACACGUUCAGGGAACAUACACCGGAAGUGGCUCGUUCCAAGCACAAGCUCAAAUAACCGGUGAAAAUAAAGAAGCUGAGAGCGAAGUAAGUGGUGGAAAGAAAGGUGCAUCCAGUUCCGCUACGGGAAGUGGUCGAAACAAUAAGUCACAAGCGAGUGUGCAAUUAGGCUCUGAAACAGGAUCUGUACAAACACAUUCACAAAGUAGUGGAGCCAUGCAUUCAUCUAAUUCUCAAGUUCAAGGAAGCGUUAAGGGAGGCAUGGCUGAUGCUCAAGCUCGCGGGCCGGGAAGUACGUCUUCUCAAGCUCAAAUUGGUUUCACACCCUAUAAAGACGGAGAUAAAGCUAAACACGAUCUCCAACAAGCUCCAUUCGUUGGCGGCGGCAUGUCAUCCGCCCAGUCGAGCGGUCGCACUGGCCAGUCCCAAUCGCAACUUCAUGGAACGUUCAGAUAUGGAAUUACUUAUAAUGGCGCAGCGCAAGCCGGUGCCAGCCUGGAUAAGGACGCCGUUUUUCCCAAUAGAUUAUCUUACGAGAAAAUAGAUGUUUUUGAUGAGAAAGAUAAAAACAUUAAUCUAGAUUUGACCGAAACGCCCUUAGAAGCAGAAACUGAGAAAUUUCCAGAUACAACUCCGCUACCCGAGUUACCGGUUGAAAUUCAAGAGCAGGACCAACAGACGACAACUGAGGUACCACCUGAUGAAACAAUGAGAAAUUCGGAAAGUAGGUAUGAUGCUCAUCCACAUGCAGAACAUCAUAAAUACGAAACAACCCAACUACCACCAGAACCAACGUUAACAGAUAAUAGGCGUUCAUUCCAAAAUGGUUACAAUGGUAAUAAUGAUUACGAAUUUACAACAGACAAAGAUGAAAAUGAAGAAUAUGACACGGAUAACGAAUUUGUACCGGAAGGGGCAGAAGUAGACCAAGGAGAAUAUAACUACGACGAAUACCCAAGAAAUACACCAACUCACCAAUCUCUACAAAAUCCCAGUAGAAACGGUCUGGAGGUACGCCAAACUACGGGUGGUAAUACCCAACACAUUGUUCUGGGCUCGUUAAAGAAACACGAUGCAGUUAUAACACAGAAGAAUUCAGAACGACCGGACGAGACGAGGGUUUAUCAGCCCGGAGAAAGGGUUCCCGGCACAGGAGGCUAUACGAUCCCGAUAGGAUUCACGGGAAGCGUAAAAUCGGUUGCGUCGAAAGACAAAACCUACGUAGUUGGAUCAAGGGAUAACCCGUCACAAGCGCAAACAGUGACACUCAUGCCCGGCACGGGAAAAAUAAAAUAUACACACUCGCCAAAUUACAAUAAGUACGUUCAUCCGAACAAUUUGAAAUCGUUGCAGAACAGGAAAAGAGACGACGAUAGAUACGUCUCUGUAUCUAAAUCGGUGACGCGGGCGUUAGACAAUGACAACAAUAUACGUAAACAGUACUCUCAUACGUACUAUACGAAAUCGUCAUCCUGCGGCUAUUUCACUUUUACUUGCACAAUGGUGAGUAGCGCGGAAGGCAAAAAGAAAGUUUGCAAACCAAAAGUGCCAACUAACCCUGAUGGAACACCUAUCAGAUGUUAAUAUAAUAUUAUACUUUGGCAAUUUAGUAAUUAAAUAGAUAUCUUAAUCAAACUAUUGAAUAAUUUAAAUGAUGAUGAUAAAAAAAAAUACUUAGAUAAACUAAUGUAAAUAUGAUAUUUUGUAAGUUAUGUGUAAUAAAAUUGAAAUUAUCU